AUGCAUCAAAGAGGGUCCUUACACAGCAUUGAUUUUAAUUAUGAAAAAUACGAAAAUCCUACUUGGUGGAAAAGACGCACGGGGUUAGAAAGGGGACUUGCCCUUGCUGUAGGAAUUAUUACUUUAGUUGUUAUUUCUUUGGGAAUUUCCCUUGCUUUUGUGAUAUACCAAAAAAACCAUGAAAUAAAUUCCUUUACAGCAGAACCCCUGCAAAACACAAAUCCUGCAGUGAUUAACGCAUACCCAUCCGACUCCAAAAAUGCCCAGUCCAAAAUCUGUCUAUCAGCUGGAUGCAUCCACACGGCUUCGCGGGUCCUGGAAGCCAUGGACCAGAGCGUCGACCCUUGCGACGAUUUUUAUCAAUUUUCGUGCGGUAAUUUCCAGAAGAAAACAAACAUCCCCGACGACAAAUCGUCGGUCACCUCCUUCAGUAUUAUCAGCGAUAUGCUGCAAGAGCAACUGAGGACUAUGAUUGAGGAGCCUAUAAGCGAAAACGAACCAAAACCCUUCCAGCUCACCAAAAAACUUUACAAAGCUUGCAUGAACAAAACUAAAAUUGAAGAGGAAGGUAUGACCACCAUCAAUUCUAUUUUAAAAGAUUUGGGAGGAUGGCCUCUAUUGGAAGACAACUGGAACGAAGGCACAUUUGAUUGGAGACAGUCUGUCUACAAGUUCAGAAAAUUUGGGUAUAGUGUCGAUUAUUUCCUUGAUUUUUCUGUUGGAAUUGAUCUCAAAAACUCAUCAAAACGAGUGAUUGAUUUGGAUCAAGCCUCCCUGGGUUUGAGAAGAGAAUUCUUGAUUAAAGGAAUGGAUGAAAAACUGGUAAAAGCCUAUUUUGACUACAUGGUGGACAUAUCUGUUAUGUUUGGUGCUGAUAGAAAGAGAGCACUCACCGAAUUAAAAGAAUCAUUGGAGUUUGAAAUAAAAAUGGCCGAGAUCUCUUUGCCAAGUGAAAAACGCCGUAACGCAACCGCUCUCUACAAUCCAAUGUCAAUGGACGAACUUCAAAGGAAAUUCCCCAGCAUCCCUUGGUUGGAGUACAUGAACAACCUGUUGUCUCCUGAUACGUCGAUUCAACCCGAUGAAAUUGUUGUGGUGAAUGUACCAAAAUAUGUCACGGAUUUCGAAAGGCUUAUCAGCAGAACACCAAAAAGAGUACAAGCAAAUUACGUCAUGUGGAGAGCCGCCGCUACAUCAGUUUCUUAUUUGACAGAUGAAUUAAGAAAAAGGCAGUUGGACUACACAACCAUCGUAACUGGAAGGACUGAACGUGAAGCAAGAUGGAAGGAAUGUAUUGAUAUAUCAGCUGGAAGUUUGUCAAUUGCCUCUGGAGCUUUGUAUGUCCGGAAAUACUUCAACGAAGAGUCUCGUCAAAGUGCAAUGGAAAUGGUUAAAGAUAUCAGAGCGGAAUUCCUUAAUAUUUUGAAGAAUGUUGAAUGGAUGGACGACAAAACCAGAGUCAACGCUUUGGAGAAAGCUAAAUCUAUGUCAACGCACAUUGGAUACCCAGAUGAACUCAUGGAUGAUAAAAAGUUGGAAGAGUUUUACGGAAAUUUGGAGCUGGACUCGAAUAACUACCUAAGAUCCAUCUUGAAUCUAACUUUGUUUGGUACCAGAUUCUCCUUCAAAAGAUUAAGAGAACCAGUGAACAAAACCGACUGGAUCACCCAUGGAAGACCUGCUGUUGUAAAUGCUUAUUAUUCUUCCAUUGAAAACAGUAUACAAUUCCCAGCCGGUAUUUUACAAGGAGUCUUCUUCAACGCUGACCGUCCAAGAUACAUGAACUACGGGGCCAUCGGUUUCGUUAUAGGUCACGAAAUUACCCACGGCUUCGACGACCAGGGCAGACAGUUCGACAAAGACGGCAACCUUGUCGACUGGUGGGAACCGGAAACCAAGAACGCCUUCGUCAAAAGAGCGCAAUGCAUCAUCGACCAAUACGGAAACUACACAGUUCCAGAGCUGAAGCUAAAUUUAAAUGGUAUCAACACCCAAGGAGAAAACAUAGCAGACUCGUCCGGCAUCAAGGAAUCCUACCUGGCUUACUCCAGAUGGAGCGAACGCAACCCGGAGGAGGCAACGUUGCCAGGUCUAAACUUCACCGCAAAACAAAUGUUCUGGCUUUCAGCGGCGCACGUUUGGUGCGAAAAGUUCCGGCCCGAAUCUCUCGAGUAUGUGGUGGUUACCGAUAACCACGCCCCUGGACCUUUCCGAGUCAAGGUACCAUUCGCAAACACUGAUUACUUCGCAAAGGAUUUUAGUUGUCCUUUGGGAAGUAAUAUGAAUCCUCUACAUAAAUGUAAAGUUUGGUAA